UCAUUGAGCAUAAUGUUCCUUUACAUAGGUGUCAUUGGGAAGAAUGCUUAGAUUGGUGUCAGAUGGAAAAAUGGGCCACUGUUCCUUUCAUUGAUGCUAACGAUGGAGCAGUAUUUUUCCCACUGACAUCAAGAAUGGGGUCACUAUUCCUCCCACUGACACCAAUGAUGGGGGAACUAUUACUCCCACUGACACCAAGAAUGGGACACUAUUCCUCCCACUGACACCAAUGAUGGGGCACUAUUCCUCCCACUGACACCAACGAUGGGGCACUAUUCCUCCCACUGACACCAAUGAUGGGGCACUAUUCCUCCCACUGACACCAAGAAUGGGGCACUAUUCCUCCCACUGACACCAAUGAUGGGGCAC